UUCCUUCGGCUCCUGAGGCAUGUGGUCUCGUUGCUCAUCAGCUACCAUCGACAUUCUCCGUACAUUUGCCUCCUGUGAUUACUAGGUACUAACAGCUCAUUCGCAAGAUGGUGUUCCGAAUGUUCUGGCUCCGGACUUUCGAGGUUUGGCUCACUGCUCGGCUGCUCUCCAGCCCAGCGUUUCACAGACUUGUGGGGCGAGUCCAUCAAAAAGUCCAACAUCUGAGACAUGGGGUACCUCCCGAAGAAAUGGGAGGUACUCAUAGAGACAAUCAUGGACCCGGUUUGAGCAAGUUCGUCGAAUACUUUAAGGAAGAGAUCAAAGACCAGCUCAAGGGAAAACCACCGAAUAAGUUCUAA